CACCACUCGAAUCACCGCCAUAUCUGUCCCGCUCCAAUUCACCAUCCUCACCAGAACAACCACCGCUCAGGCCCCGAUGACAACGCUGCAACGACUCAUACACCGGAGCCCUACCGCUGCAUAAUAUCUCUCUCGCAAAUCCCCUGGUCUUGACCGCCUUUUUGCAUCGACUUGUCGCUCCUUUUGGAUCCGCCCUAUAGCAACCUUCAAUAGCCAGCACCAUCGACGCCUGCAAACAUGGCGAACAAGGCCGACAGACCGGCAAGCUCACACAGCUCCGACAAGGAAGGCGAGAGCUUUGAAGACGCCUCUGAAAUCUCCCCUCGCCCCGACUCACACUCCGAGAAAUCACGGUCACGGUCACUCCUAGGCAGACGCGGUUCUUCCUCCUCGACCGUCCACGAAGGCAGCCCAGAUUCACCUGCCCCUGUGCUACCAAAAGUGCCCAAGGAAGCCAAUGGCGACACAGAAGCUCUCGAGAACGACAGCGACGAUGUACCGUCUACAAAAUCGCCGCUGCUCACCGCACAUAGGAUUUCAGUAACAUCAGACAUGGAUGAUGUUUCGUUAGAUGAGGAAGGCGCAAAAGCCCCUGGUCUACUUCCAAAAUUACCUCCGCGGGAGUCUCGGGACUCGACAAGUGCACUACAGGGCUUGUCUGGCAGAAUGUCUCCAGUGAAAUUUCCCGUACCACCGCCUGCGCCACCCGUUCAAGAAAAGUCCACUCCGGUGCCCCAGACUUCUAGAAAGCUUACAGGUCCUUUCGCAUGGUUAUCACGGCAUAGCUCCAGCAAAAAGCCGGAAACAUCGCCACCGCCUGUGGCCGACCGACGGCACACCAACGCUUCCAUUAAUACACUGGGCAGCAAUCCUGAGCUCACGUUAAGCAGGAUAGAAGAUGAAGGAGACUUGCGGUCAAAUAACCGGUCGAGCCAAGGGAGCCUGCGCGAUCGCUUCAAAUUCUUGCGGAUGAGAGAAGAGGCUGGCAUAACACUGGAGGACGAGACAAGCACGGAACCGGGUUCAGGGGGGGCCAUGGCAGGCCUUGUUGGGCGAACGACGAGUGUGGGACUGGGCAUUGGCAGUCCGACAAGUAUCGCAGAGGAUGAGCACGGCCCAACAAGUCCUCCAGCUCUCGUCAAGCAACCCACGAUCAACCCAAAUCUAGCCCCUGGAACUGCAUCUGGAUUCGCUGCGGGGCCCGCUGGAGACACGGCUGAGCCAGUAGACUGGGAUUUGUGGCAGACCGUAGUCAACGAAGGACCCGCAGCUCUCGCACGUACUAGCUCUGAGGAACUCAAUCGCGCCAUCUCAAACGGCAUCCCACAGGUCAUUCGCGGCGUCAUCUGGCAGGUGCUUGCGCAAAGCAAAAGUGAAGAGUUGGAGACGAAGUACAGAGAGCUUGUUGCCCGAGGGACAGACAAAGAACACAUCAGUGUCAGGACGCCCAAUCUCAGCAAUGGGCAUGUCAACGGCAACGGGAAAGAGAAGGAAUCGGUUGCGUCAUCAUCAUCUUCUGUCCACUCUGAUUACUCGACGCCGGCCACGACUACGGCAAGCACGAACGCACCUUUGCAUUCCCCAUCAAUAGCGUCUGAGACUUCUGAAGAUCCGAUCAAGUUACAAGCAAGACUUGCCGCAGAGAAGAAGCUAACCGCUGCUACGAUCUCGAAGUUGGAAAAGACGAUCAAGCGUGAUCUAGGCGCGAGAACAAGUUACUCCAAAUACGUCAUGGCGGCUGGUCUGCAAGAUGGUCUUUUUGGAAUUUGCAAAGCAUACGCUCUGUAUGAUGAAGCUGUUGGCUACGCCCAGGGCAUGAACUUCAUUGCCAUGCCUCUGCUAUUCAACAUGCCCGAAGAAGAAGCCUUCAGUCUGUUCGUGACUUUGAUGAACAAGUACAAUCUGCGCGACCUGUUCGUUCACGAUAUGCCUGGCCUACACUUGCAUCUUUACCAGUUCGAGCGUCUCCUGGAAGAAUUUGAACCUGCGCUCUAUUGCCACCUCCGCCGACGAGAAGUCAAGCCACAGCUCUACGCUACGCAAUGGUUCCUCACUUUGUUCGCGUAUCGAUUCCCUCUACAACUAGUCCUCCGGAUUUACGACCUAAUCCUUAGCGAAGGCCUCGAAUCUGCCAUCUUGAAGUUCGGCAUCGUACUGAUGCAGAAGAAUGCAGAGGCACUGCUGGCUAUGAAAGACAUGGCGACGCUCACAACCUUCCUCAAAGAGCGGAUAUUUGAUGUAUACAUCGACAAAGCUCCCACAGCCAAUUCGAUCCUUGAGAACGGCUUCUUUGGCUCGACAGCAGGCAUCGACAAAGAAGUCUAUCGCGCCGAUAUCCUCGUAAAGGACGCUGUUGCGGUCAAGAUCACGCCUGAUAUGCUCAAGCAGUACACUGCCGAGUGGAAGGAGCAACAGCGAAUCGAGAAAGAGCGCGAGAGCGAACUUCACGGCCUCAAGGAUAAAGUCACCGCUCUGGAGUCCAAGGUCCGAUUGCUAGAGACACGCGCCGAACAGUCUGACAUGGAGCAUGUACAAGUGGCGUCCGAGCUCAUCAAGACCAAGGUUGAGAAUGAGAGUCUUGCCGAAGAAAAUGAGACUCUAAAGACCAAGGUCGAAGAAUUGCAAAAGAUUGUCGAUACACAACCGGACGAAGUCGAGGCGAGGCUAAAGGGCGAGAUGGAGACUGUAAUGCAGAAGAACAUCACCGUCCACAACGAGAAUCGAGCCUUGGAAGAUGCGAUGGCAGACAUGGAAAAAGAGCUGGUGGCAACGAAGAUGCAAUGGGCAACCAUUAACGAAGAGCACGAAAGCCUCAAGCAGAAGUGGCACAGCGUUUCCCAGAUGAUGAAGAAAUAACCUCUUGCAUCGUCUUCAUAUGAGGCGUCUGGCUUGAUUUGCGCAAGUGAUCAGCCACACAAACGAAUAGUCGCUUCCCUGCAUCGAGCGCUCUCUCAUUCAGUUCUACUUGUCUAUAUAUACGUCGCCGCUGCUGCUAGAUGCACUUUUGGGUUGGGCAUUGUUCGCCCUUCCAGCGGCUCAGCGGUGUACUUGAUUCUAUAUCACGACUCGGUUCGCGUCACAAUCUAUACCCACGGCUCGAUAGGACGAAUUGUCUCCUGCAUUUUUUCUCUGUGUUUGACUUGGCUUUGGAUACGGUGGGUAUAUAAGCCUACAGCGCGUUCCGGCAUGGUGUUUGGCGACACCAGGUACUGGGAUAUUUCUAUGACCUCGCGGCAAUGAUGAUGAGUUUACGGGGGUAGCUUAGACUGUAGUUCUCAAUGAAAGGUGAAGGCUCAAGUGCUCUUCAGAGCCAGCUUAGUCGUCAAUCCAAAUACAAAAGCCCGUC